UUCUCACUAUUUAGAAGAAAAAGAAUGGCUUCUCUAUCUUUUGAUGCCAGGCUCAACCUCCAACUGGGCAAAAACCAUCAGCAACAACAAUCGUUGGUGCUUGAAGAGAUUGAAGGCCUACUCAGGGUUCACAAGGAUGGGCGGGUCGAGAGGUUCCCCGUCAUCCCUAGCGUCUCCUGCGCAAUCUCCUCAGGAGUCGACACGCAUGCCAGAGACGUCACAAUCGACAAGUUCACCAACUUGUGGGUGCGUGUCUAUGUUCCAAACCGGCCCGGCAAAUACCCCUUGCUCGUUUACUUCCACGGAGGGGGAUUCUGUGUCGGAUCAGCUGCGUGGAGCUGCUACCAUGAGUUCCUGGCCAAUCUGGUUUCCACUGCAAGCUGCGUGAUCGUAUCGGUCAACUACCGCCUAGCCCCUGAGAACCGUCUCCCGGCUGCUUACGACGACGGAGUCAAUGCGAUCAUGUGGGUUAAAAGGCAAGUUGCCGAUGGAUCCGACAUGCAAAAAUGGUGGGUGAGCCAGUGCAAUUUAUCCAACUUUUUCCUAGUUGGCGACAGCGCCGGUGCUAAUAUAGCCUUUAACGUAGCUGUUCGAUUAGGAAACAUCAGCGCUUCUGUGUCCAACGCUAUCAAACCAUUGCACCUGAAGGGGGUUAUUUUGAUACAACCUUUCUUCGGAGGAGAGAUCCGGACUGGGUCUGAAAAGAUGGCCUCUCAGCCAUCCAAUUCUGCGCUGACGCUAUCUGCUUCGGACGCCUAUUGGAGGCUGUCACUUCCUUCAGGGGCAAAUAGGGACCAUCCCUGGUGCAAUCCUUUGUCGAAUAGUGUCGAUCUCAGCAUCCCAUCGGCGAUGGUGUGCAUAUCAGAGCUUGACAUCUUGAAGGACCGGAACUUGCAGCUAUGUAAUGCCUUGGCCAACAUGGGUAAGGCAGUGGAAAUGGUCAUGUACAGAGGAGUGGGACAUGCAUUCCAAGUCCUGAACAAGUCCCAGAUGGCUCGCUCAAGAACUCAGGAGAUGAUCUCGCAGAUCAAGGCUUUCAUCAACCAAUGAUCACUAACAAAAUGCGAGGAACUGGGUGCAUUUUCUUUUGUCAAUUAGUAAAUGGUACAUGUUUUGUUUGUAUCGGAGGUCAGGAUCUAGAUAUGGUGGUGAUUCUUGGUCAUUUUCAGUCGGUCAGGUUUCUUCAUUGGUCCCAUUUGUACAUUAUUUAUAUACGUGCAUUAUUGUGUAAAGUCAA